GCUCGCUCGCUCCCCGACCAUCUUGAGUCCCAAGCAGCGAGGGAGGGAAGCUGGCUGGCUCUUUGCCUGCCUCGCUCGCUCUUUCUCCCUCCCCGAAAGCAGCUGGGCUGCUCGGAUAACGUCAUCGCUUCCGCCCAGCUUCCUCCUCCUGUUGGCGGCGGUAAGAAUCCAACAUGGAGUAAAGGCAGCGAUGGGGCUCGGACGGGGCCGCCGGCUGCUGCUGCUGCUGCUGCUGCUGCUCCUCCACCCGGGCGCACUGGCCGACGCGGCACCCCGCUGCCUUCCCGCGCGCUGAGCGCCCUCGUCCCCGCCGCAAUCCUCCCUCCUCUCCUUCGAUCCUCGCCCGCCGCCAGCGAGGCCUGAGCAGACUGCCCGUCUUCGGCUGGCUCCCUCCCUCCCCCCUCCAUCCCUGCCCCUCUUCUUCCACCUCCCUCCCCUUCUUCCACCCAAGCCGAGGAGGCCUGCCCGCAUCCCCCGCGCGCUCUCUUCUUCCCCUCAAUGUGAAGCCCCGGAAAAAUGAAGAGGCGCAACCCGGUUGUCCGCGGCGGGGGAUGAGCUCUGAGGGGGAGAAAAUGACCGAAGAAGCCCACCCAGACGACGGAUGAUACACGGUCACAGGAAACCUAUAAAUGCCCAUAGAAACUCUCUCUCCAUACAUGAUGUCCGAAAAGAGACAGACUCACUUCCUCAUUCAGACAUGACAACGAAAAAGCAUAUACAUAUGAGAGAGAGAGAACUAUUUAGAAGUGACAGCUAUAUUGUGAGAGUCAAAGCUGUGGUUAUGACCCGAGAUGACUCCAGUGGAGGAUGGUUGCCACAAGAAGGAGGAGGUCUUAGUAGAGUUGGUGUCUGCAAGGUCAUGUGCCCAGAGGGCAAUGGAAGAAGUGGAUUUCUGAUCCACGGAGAAAGGCAAAAAGACAAACUGAUGGUAUUGAAAUGCUAUGUGAAGAAGGACUUGGUCUACACUAAAGCAAAUCCUACAUUUCAUCAUUGGAAAGUUGACAACAGAAAGUUUGGGCUCACUUUUCUAAGCCCUGCUGAUGCACGAGCAUUUGAUAGAGGUGUGAGAAAAGCCAUUGAAGAUCUCAUGGAAGGAUCUACAACUUCAUCCUCAACAAUCCACAAUGAGACUGAAGUUGGAGAUGAUGACGUCUUUACAAAUGCUACAGACAGCUCUUCUAAUUCUUCUCAGAAGAGGGAGCAGCCUUUGCGAACACUAGCAUCUCCUCCAUCCUGUGAGCAUCACAGAAUUUGCACCCGGGGACACAUUCAUGACCAGUUUAGUCCUGACCAGUACCAUCUAGAACAAUCAAUCCCACGAGCAUAUCGGCACGUUAGCUUCCCAGAUGAUGAUGAGGAAAUUGUACGGAUUAAUCCACGGGAAAAGAUCUGGGUAACGGGUUAUGAGGACUACCGUCACACCCCUAUGCGGGGGAAGUACAUUGAUCCGGAUGAUGGGGACUCGUAUGUGCGAUUUGCCAAAACUGAGGCCUCAAAACAUGAUUACAAUUACCCCUACGUAGGCAACUCUGACUUUGAUCUGGGUGAAGACAUCAAGGGUGCUGUGGUAAAGACUCAGCCUGCCAGGUGCAAAUCGCGGCGGCGAAAGGAAGAUGGGGAGAGGUCACGGUGUGUCUAUUGCAGAGACAUGUUCAAUCAUGAGGAAAACAGGCGGGGUCAGUGUCAGGAUGCUCCAGACAGAGUAAGAACCUGUAUCCGCCGAGUCAGCUGUAUGUGGUGUGCGGACAGUAUGCUCUAUCACUGUAUGUCCGAUCCAGAAGGAGACUAUACAGACCCUUGUUCUUGUGAUACCAGUGAUGAAAAGUUUUGCCUCCGGUGGUUGGCCCUUAUCGCCUUGUCUUUUAUUGCCCCUUGUAUGUGCUGUUACUUGCCCCUCCGGGCUUGUUAUCACUGUGGGGUUAUGUGCAGGUGCUGCGGCGGAAAACAUAAAGCAGCUGGAUGACAUCACUCAAAGCUUGUGAAGGACUUUACGUUUCCCCUUUAGCUACGGGGCUUCUUGGUCUGGAGCAUUCUCAAAUUUUACGUACAUCUUCACACAGCCCAGGGAGCACGACGGAAUUCGGAAACCAGCUGGCUCUCCCUCCCAUUCAGCUGCUAUGCAUCGAUUGCUCACCGAGUUCUAACAGACUAAUGUGCAGCAUAAAAGACUUUUCUAUUAUUGAUCUGUAAUCAAGCAGAAUGUCUUGUACAUGGUUAUACCUUCCCUCCUCCCUACCCUGCCCCCAAAGGAAAUUGAGAUGUGAACGGUUGAGUGACGUGGACUUCAGAUCUCAUGGCUGUAUCUGUAUUUAGCAAGCUACUGGCACAUGUGGAAAUAUGGUGUAAUAGAAUGAAAUCCCACUUUAAAGUGUGUUCAGCUUGCAGCCAGUGACUGAGUGUGUUUGUGUGUGUGUGUGUGUAUAGAAGAUGUGUUAAUAAGAAAUGUGUACCAUGACACAGUAUUGCUGACAAUCUUUAUUGUGAGAUUUCGAGUCCAUCAUUUCUUUUGACAGUUGCUUUGAAUGAUUUCUCUGAUCACCAACCAUUGAAGUGAAAUGUGGGAAAUGAGCCUUAGUAUCACCUAUAAUAUUUGUGACUCUGCAAACUCUUGUUCCAGACCCAACAGUGAAAGGGAAACUUUAAGUGUCUUCUCUUCUUUCCCCCCCACUACCACCUUAAGUCUUUCUCCUCAAAGUAACAUUGGAAAAUAUCACUUGAGUGUUGAUGUUCUUCACUUUGGAAAUACACUCUAACCUAUAGUGUUUCUAUUUGAAACAAAGGGGGAUAUCAUGUUAGUAAAUUCACAUGUACACUCAUGUGGUGUACCUUGAAAUGCAUAAGAGGGAACAUUUUUUUAUUUGUUUUUUAAAACCAUGUCUACAAUCUGUGUACUAAGGAUGGGUGAAAAUUCUGCUCCCACCAGAAUCCAGGGCAGGAGCAUUUUGGGAAUGGAUUCAGGGCUCUGUGCUUUUCAGAGGUCCCAGACCAACCUAGAAAUACAGAGAAGCCUCUAGUGCAAGGAGGUGUUUGUCUCAGUUUGUUUUUAUUUCUGUUUUGCCUGCCUCUGUCUGCCUUGGAGGCCUUUUGAACAGGCGAGGGUGUUUUGAAACUUCUCCUCAUGGGGUCACUUCCCAUGAGGGAAAAGUUUUUAACAGAGGGGAAAAAACAGCACUGCCGACAUCUGACACUGUCAGAUGUGGAAGUGGAUCCAGUUGACAAUCACACAGAUGAAGGCAGGAGCAUGGGUUCUUUGUAUAGUUCAAUUCCCAUCAGAAGGAAUAUAAUUUUUUUUUAAAUGCAUUUAUUAAAUUGAGAAGCAUUCUUCUCCAGAGAAGCCUGACGAAACUUAUUAAGCUAGUCAAAUUCAGGGGGAUUCUUCAAACUUAUUCUAGAGAGGUGGUGGUGGGUAUCGGUUUCAAGAAAGUUUUUAGUGUGGCUGUGCACUCCAGCCCUCUGCUUCCACUUUAUUUAAUGUACAUUGGUGAAAUUGACUAACUGACAAGGAUUGUUCCCAUCUGGACAGCAGGUCUCUUCCAUUCCCCAAGCCUUUGGACCUGCAAAGUAGGUGUGCUUGCACUGUGCACAUGAAUAAUUUUUGGUGGAUUCAUGACCACAUUACAACUUCCCAUGUUUCCAGUUCAGUGAUUUAAUGCACAGAUAGGAAGCAGAAAGUAUCGAGGAAAAAUGUACUAUGGUGUUUACAGGGUUUUCCAUUGAGUGGCCUGAUCUGACCCCACAGUUCUGUCUGCUGUGCAGACUACAGGAUCAACCUGGGGUCAGCCGAGGGCCUUGUGGCUUUCUGCUUUCAAAUGCACUGAACCAGCAUAUUUGGGAUCUGCAGAGAACCUAGAGCAGACAUCCCUUAGGCCAGAGCUGGAUAAAUCCCAGGCACCUGGUGACCUUGGUGCCUUGAAACUAGAUGCUAGGAAUAUUGAAAUAUUUUUCCAGCCCUUCCCUAAGUUAGAGACAGGCCCUAUCAAAAUCAGUAGGCGCCCUAACAUUGAAAGGCAAUUGAUAGCAGUAGAACUUGAUAGUGCAUAAACCAUACGUGCUUUGCAGGAUCUGUGUCUUUUGACAGGUUUCUUUUUAUUUAGUUGUGAAAUACGUACAGCAGGGUGAAACCGUACUUUAAUUCCGUGUGGAUUUGAUGUUUGUUUUUGUUUCUUUAAAGCCAUGUCUUAUGUACAAGGCUUGUAAUUAGCUAGGGAAAUAAUAUUUUUCUAAUAUAUGACGUGGAAUGGCAAAAAUUUUAUUCAAAGGAAUAAUGUAGAGCAGUUUAGCUAUAAUAUAGCAUAGUACAAUCUGAAUAUUCCGAUGCAGCUAGGCACUGGCUUGUGAGGACUGGCACUCCUGUUCCUGCCAUAAUUUCUUUUUGCAGAUCACUGCCAGUGAGUACAUGCCCUUGCCCCCUCCCGCCCUCGUUCUUGCACGUUGACAUGAGUCUUAAAGGAAAAGGAACUGAAUUUUAUUUUUGCCAAAUAGGGAUGAAUAGUGACAUGCUUGCCACUCUUUCUGUGUAAAAUGGGCCACCAGCUCCUUCUGGGAGUCGUCAUAGCUUUUAUCACAUUUAACUACAUAUGCAACAGUGUGUGGCGUUACGGUCGAAUCCUGGAGCUUGAGCAGAUUUGGUUAUACUCAGGCACUGACUUCAUGAUUUAAUUUGAUUGCUUUUCUGGGUUUUGUUACGACUGCCCACCUAGGUUCGUUGCCGUAUGCAAUGGGCCUAUCCAGAAACUCGUGGGCUGGGAUCCAAGGGCCUUGUGGCGAGCAGCGCUUGAAGCCUGUUUCCAAACAUGGACCUUGCACCCUACCCACUCUGCCACCGGACAAACCACUCUUGUGAAACUCAGGGGACCUUCAGGAGCAGUCUUGGAAACAAAGGGGAGAAUGUUUGGCAUGCAUGUGGGUGUCUGUGGUAAAACUUGCACAUUCCUAAGAACUUCAACAGGCUCCUUUUCACAUUGCCUUGGCAGCAUGGAAGCAGCUGGAGGAUAGCCCCUUUCUGCAUACCACAAAGGUACAUUCGCCAUGUGGGAGGAACCUGUGUGUGAACUCCUCCCCAUGCCAAAAUUACCCCAGCUGCAUUGUGGGCUCCUCCCAGAUGACUUGCGGCUUCUCAUAUUACCUCUGAAGGACAGAAAAGAGAAUAUUGCAGUAAUUUCCAUGUUUCAAGGUAAUGUAAGGAUGGCCCCAGACCUAAUCACCUACACAUAAUGCUGAAUAAAAUGGUAGAAUUCUAAACUGUACCAUUUCAGGUAGGGAGUUGUACAUAAUUUCCCCUAUGUUAAAAAAACAUACUCCCUGCUUUGUAGCAAGCUAGCAGAUCAGAGAUUUAGCAUUACCUUUUUCCUGGUGUGCUAGUUUAAUAGCUAUAAAAAAUACAAUUCUCCCAACUGCAUCCUGCUGUGAUACAGUACAGAAUUCUACAUAAUGGGUAGAUCGGCUCCAUUAUCUCUCUAGCUCAUAUUUUGGUAUUCAAGAUUUGGGAUUUGUCUGUAACAUACAUACACAUGUAUAAUAUAGACUUCAAUGUUAUAGCAAUUGUUAGGUUUUGCAUUUGUAAAAAUAGAAUGCUAAAUGGUAAGGGAAGUUCUUUGUGGGUUUUUUUUUAAUUUUGGUGAAUUCAUGGGAAGAAUAAAUAUUUUGUGCCUGAUAGCAAAUGACAAAUCUCUAAAGGGUGACUACCAAACAUCAAGCCAGCCUCAAAAUAAAUAUAUAAAAAGUGAUGGUACAACUUGUUUUGUUUGCAAGUUGUUCCACUUUUCUGAAUUUCUGUAAGGUCUUUCCCCUCUAUAAAGCACAACACUACAGAAGAGAUCUUACAGAUUGUCAAGCCUCUGAGUUCAAGUGCCCCUAUUUAUUUAGCUAAAGCAGACAUACUCCAAGCCUUGAUGUGUGUCCUCUUCUGUAAAUUUCCUCUUUUCUUCUCCUUGCUGGUUUUGUUUUAAUCCAUGUUGAAUUGUUUCAUGUUUGUUCUUCUCUCUUCCUUUGUUCCUCUCUCUCCGCGUGAGUUUUGGGGGGAGGAAUUGUGGGUGUUUUUUCAUUUUUGUGACGGGAGCAGCAAAAUGGGCACAAGGGUAGAAAUGGGGGCGUGGGAGUGGGACAAUUUUUGUAAAUAUUUCCCAUUGAUCUCCACACUGCAGUAGAAUGGUCUGUGGUGUUUUUCCUCUGUCGGCUUUUCAGUACUGACAUUAAUCAGCUGAGAAAUUAUUCAGAUUUUAUUUUUGUAUCUGUGGUAACAACCCAUUAAGCAAAAGGUGGUGGUUGUUUUUUUCCCAGUUGGAACAUUUUUUUCAAGCUAUUGCUCACAUUAACAAAUUUAAGUGCCUGAAGCAAACUUCCAUUAUGUAUCUGUAUACUAAAAGUUUAAAACUCUGUUGUAUUGAUUUUUAUAAGCCUUUUUACCUCUGUGUAAAGAAUAUAUAUACAAGUGUAUGAUGUAUAUUUUAGUUCUUAACUUCUUUUUUAUUGUUUCUAAUAUGUAUGAUCAUUGUAGCUAUUGCUUUAAAAAUGUACCAUGUAAAUAUAAAUACAUCAUAUCAAACCAAAACUGUCUUACAUGCUUUGGAAGUCUUUAAUGGAAAGGUGUGUGUGACUGAAAGAUGAGAUGCAAGACAAGCCUCUGUGGUGCAUUCCACGUUAUUCAAUGUGCACCCGUAUACAGUUUCUGCCCAAUUAUUUCUCUGCACAAAUAAAUUGUGUGAAGUAGGUAAGCAGGGAGGGGAGGGAUAGCCAUGUCCAAACCCAUUGAUUGCUGCUGAUGUAAAAAGUGCAAUCAUGGGUUUUGUAUGCGUGUAGCCCAAUUCAUGCUCAUUUUUCUGAUCUCGUGGAGAAACUCAGCUUCAUAAACCAGUCGUAAAUUUAAAGUUGUGUUUCACUUGUGUGGGUAUUGCACUUUCUCAGCAUAUAUAGGACAGUAUUUUGUGCCUGUAAUUCUUUCGCGAGGAAAAAUAAUUGUUGUGAGUGUUUUGGGAAGUGGUGGUGGCUGCCUCAUACCCACUUAUGCACAAUCGCCUGAGAA